UGGGGCGUUCGUAAGGGAUCUUGGAUUUCUUGGUGUCUUGGGCAUCUUGGACGCGGGGUCUUGGUUGGUAUAUUAAGGACUCGGAACUGCAUAUGAAGACUGCUUGGAUAUACCCAGAUUCGACGCGAUCAAUAUUUCUCAAGGAAUACAAAAGUAAAUUCCCAUUGUCAUAUAAUAUCAUGCUCACACUUGUACAAAUGCUUGUAAACACAUCAUAUCCAAAAUGGGAUACGAAGUGGUCCGUGCAGAUCGACCCGUUCUGCUGUUUCAUUCUAUCUGACCUGUAGAUCCGGAAUACUCACGUAAUCAGGCAGCACUUAUUUUGAACUCGGGUAGAACAUUAGCUUGAAAGGCAUAAACAAAUCCUGGCUUAGUCGCGUCAAGGUGAUAAUACCAAGCAACUCAUCGGAGUUAUCGCGCGGAUAAGCACGCGACACAAUGUCCGCGAAAACAUAUAGUACCAGUGGGGUUAAUGCUGAUGCUGAUGCUGAUCCCGACGCCGCCUCGUCAUCAAUCGCCAAGAACACAACUGAAGCUCUUAAUGGAAUAGAUUUCCCGCCGGAUUCAAGACAUAGGCUCCUACUACCAAAUUCCGGAACCGAGACAGUGGGGGAUGACCGGCGUCCGCUUGUUAUAUGCUUCCAUGGUUCGGGGGAGUCGUGCUCGCCGUCUUGGGAUGGGCUGGUGGGGUUAUUGAGGGGGGCGCCGUUGAGUUUAAGGGUUUUUAUGUAUGAUCGUAGGGAGGAGAAUACUGGGGUUGUGGGGACGGUGGGGGAGAUGUGGGAGUACUUACGAAAGGAGGGUAUUAGAGGGCCGUAUGUUGUGGUUGCGCAUUCGUAUGGAGGUGCUUUUGCUAGGGGGUUUGUUGAAACUGAUGGGGAUGAAGAGGUUGUGGGGGUAGUGCUCGUGGAAACGGGCCAGGAGGGUGGGCUUGAUGCGGAGGUUGAGGAGAGGCAGUAUGGGCGGAGGAUACUUGGGACGAAGCCGUUGAGUGUGGUUCGUGGGAAUUCGCUUAUAAGGCAGUGGGAGGAUCUUAGGAAAGCUGAGGCUGCUGUGGAGGUGGGGGAUGAGUUGAAAAGAGGGCAGUUGAGACAGAGGAGGGGGAUGUUGGAGGUUUGGGAUAAGGCGGAUGAGGAGAUGAAGAGGAAACAGUUAGGGCUUGUGGAAAAGAAGGGGAAGAAGAGGUUUGUGCAGGUUCCGGAUUGCGGCCAUCAUGUUGUUCGGGACCGGCCGGAUGUGGUGGCUGAGGAGGUUGCGUGGGUUUUGGAGAAUGUGGGGAAGAUUGAAGAUAUAGAGGACGAUGAUAAUGAAGACGGGGUAACGGAGAGGAAUAGAGAAGACGUUAUAGGGCGAAAGAAAAAGGAAAGAUUAUGGGGGGUUUGGGGAAGAUUUAAGAGGAAGUUAUUGGGGCUGAAGAUGUGAUAUCAUUGUGUGCAAUUAGUAGCGCGGAAUUAGUGGUUGAAUAGAAGCUUAGGGUCUACUCCAAUUAGGCCUAUCAGUGCACGUUAUAGCCCUAUAGGAUGAAGGGGACUGCUAUACUCAAUUGAACAGUUACUAG